AUGGAUCCGGAGCCGGCUUUUACGGUGUUUAUCCGCCUCCCCUUCCCGCGGGGAGACUUUGUCGAUCCUCCUCCGGUGAACUGGGACGCCUCAAAGGACGACGCUUUGUGGAACACAUUGUCUGGGGCUGCCCAAACAGACAUCAACUGGAGCGAGCUGGCCUCAAGGUUCCAAGUCACCGUUGACUUCCUCGUCCAACAGGCAACGUACCUCACCGAGCGCCAUGCCUCGCAAGUCCGCGCCCAGAUGCGGCGAGCCACGGCCGCCAAGGGCUCGACCUCGUCCGCCGCACACUCGCCGAACCCGGGCUCCGACUCGGGGACCGUCGCGUCGGAGGCCAUGAGGCGCACGGGCUCGGGUGGCGGCGGGCGAGCGCCAUCCUCUCUGUCCGUCCGGCGGGACUCCCCGCUGCCAAAGAGCGACUUGACCGUCGCCGGAACCGGAUCCACGGGGAGCAAAUCGAGCUUCGCCCGGCCUCAGGUGUCUAGGAACUCGUCGACGAAUACCAUGACGCAGAGGGUCGCCAGCGGCUCGUCCCCGAGGCCGGACAGGGCUUCCGUAGGACCGAACUCGCCACGGACAGAUACCCACAGGCGCCGACUCUCGUCAUUGCCUAUCACGACGACGGCCGGGGAAGCGUCGGGCCCGAUGUCGCCGGGACCGGCGGACUCGGACUCGGGCGAAGAGUCGUCCUCUUCGUCGAGCGUCGCGGAGUCGCGCAUCAUCCGACGCCCGCCUCGCUAUCAACCCCACCAGGAUGAGGGCGCCUCGCCCGGACUUGGAGAUGACGAAGCCGAGCCUGCUUUCCUGCCACCGUCCGCGCACGCCGGCGGGAGCUACCAAGACCCGGGAGCCACACUAAAAGGGGAACCUCACAGCGUACGGAGCCGCAAGGAUCCCACCCAUGAACGGGUCCACCAGUCUCAGACCUCGGACUCCUCAUCCAGCUCGGCAGCGCCGGCACCGGCGCGCAAGAGCGGCACCGCCGGGCCGAGUGGGCCGCUUUCACCCCGUCGCACUGCGGAGCUGUCAGGACGCAGCCCGGCUGCUAAGGGCAAGGGCGUGUCUCGCGAUGGCAGCGACGGGACGCCGAGCAUGGGCAGCAGUUUCAGUGAUCUAGAUGGCGAGUGGUUUCUAACAUUUUCUUCGUGCAAGAAGGCCCCGGAAGCUAAUAUUGUACAACAGAUGCCUCGGUCACACAGUCGGCGCUCGAGGAAGCGCUCGCGAGCAACAUGA